GUAGGGCGGAGUCUUGCCUGCCGCGCGCUGGGGGCUCGGGCGGAUGCUAUAAGCGCUGCGGCGGCGGAGUCCAGCUUCUACUCGAGCGUCCGCGCUGACCAUGCAGGAGCCCCUGCUAGGAGCCGAGGGUCUGGACUAUGACACCUUCCCCGAGGCGCCCGCGUCGCCGAGAGAGAGCACGCGGGCCGGGGCCUUGCAAAACAGAAGGGUGUUCCUGGCCACCUUUGCUGCUGUGCUGGGCAAUUUCAGCUUUGGGUAUGCCCUGGUCUACACGUCCCCAGUCAUUCCUGCGCUGAAGCUUUCUUCCGACCCAGCACUACACCUGAACAAAAUCCAGGCAUCCUGGUUUGGGUCCGUGUUCACCUUGGGUGCCGCCGCUGGGGGCCUCAGUGCUAUGGUGCUCAAUGACCUCCUGGGUCGGAAGCUCAGCAUCAUGUUCUCGGCCGUCCCCUCAGUCAUUGGCUAUGCACUCAUGGCUGGUGCCCAUGGCCUUUGGAUGCUCCUGCUGGGGAGGACGCUGACAGGCUUUGCCGGGGGACUCACUGCUGCCUGCAUCCCGGUGUAUGUGUCUGAGAUCGCACCCCCUGGUGUUCGUGGGGCCCUGGGUGCCACACCGCAGCUCAUGGCCGUGUUUGGAUCCCUGUCUCUCUAUGCCCUCGGUCUUUUGCUGCCUUGGAGAUGGCUUGCUGUGGCCGGGGAAGGGCCUGUUCUCAUCAUGAUCCUGCUGCUUAGCUUCAUGCCCAACUCACCGCGCUUCCUGCUCUCAAAGGGCCGGGAUGAGGAGGCACUGCAGGCGCUGACCUGGCUGCGAGCUGACUCUGAGGUCCACUGGGAGUUUGAGCAGAUACAGGACAACGUGCGGAGACAGAGUAGCCGAGUGUCAUGGGCAGAGGCCCAAGACCCCCGCGUGUACCGGCCUAUUCUCAUCGCGGUACUGAUGCGCUUCCUGCAGCAGCUGACAGGCAUCACGCCCAUCCUCGUGUACCUGCAGACCAUCUUCGACAGCACGUCCGUGCUGCUGCCCUCCCAGCAGGACGCAGCCAUAGUGGGUGCCGUGAGGCUCGUGUCUGUGCUGAUCGCUGCUCUCACCAUGGACCUGGCGGGCCGGAAAGUCCUGCUCUAUGUGUCAGCGUCCAUCAUGUUUGUUGCCAACCUGACACUGGGGCUGUACGUCCAGUUUGGACCAAGGUCUCUGACCCCCAACGGUACUGUGGGACUGGAGAUCAUGACCCUGGGGGACACAGAGCAGUCCCCAGCUACAUCCUUCAAUUAUCUUACUCUGAUACCCCUGCUGGCCACCAUGCUCUUCAUUAUGGGCUAUGCUAUGGGCUGGGGGCCCAUCACCUGGCUCCUCAUGUCUGAGGUCCUGCCCCUGCGUGCCCGCGGUGUUGCCUCGGGGCUCUGCGUGCUGGUCAGCUGGCUCACAGCCUUCGUCCUCACCAAGUACUUCCUGCUGGCAGUGAAUGCCUUCGGCCUCCAGGUGCCUUUCUUCUUCUUCUCCGCCAUCUGCCUGCUCAGCCUGCUCUUCACAGGCUGCUGUGUGCCUGAGACCAAAGGCCGCUCACUGGAGCAGAUCGAGGCCUUCUUCCACACGCGCAGGAUGUCCUUCAGGCCCUAGUCGGGGCUUGCCUGUAAGGGGCCAAACCACCCAGGCCAGGCCUAUGCACUGGCCACAGACUCACGCCUGCAGCCAGGAGCAGCAGCAGCCCUGCCAUCAGCCAGAACACAUUUCCACCUUGGGACAGGCAGCUCACCAACUCUGGGGCUGGCAGGCCCCAGCUCAGGCAGCCUGCAGUACCCCAGCUGAGACCUGCAGGGGGCGCAGGCGGCCCAGCCCCAGACUGAGUAAAGGCUGUGCCCAAGGACAAGGCGGUCAGGGGACCUGGGGUUUAGUUCCUCACCCCUACAAGGGACACUUCCCAAGCAAGGCCAUGUUGAGGACAGAGAACGGGGAUGGAGGUGGCAAAGUGGCUCCGUACAGGGACAUCGUUACAUCAUGCCGUUCUGACCAACUGGCCAUGAGGACAAGGUCCUGCACCCACAUGGGUCAGGGCAUCUUGGGGAACACUGGACUUCCCAAGGCCAGAGUACAGGACCCAAUCCAACCUUGGGAUACCUCUAGUCUGCAAACUGUUCACUGUUUUUCAAAAUAAAAGGAAUUGGGCCUGCAGCCUCAGGGAGACAAGGGGAGUGGGAUCUGUUCCAGGGAGAAGCUCCCUACCCCAGCGGCCAGGCUACCCUCACACUCAGCCCGGACUGCCAGGGAACUCUGGAUGAUCAUAGUGCAGAGAAAGCAGCAGACACCGUGGGGUUGAGUGCCAGCUCACCCUCUACGGAUAGGCUACUUUCUUUGAGACCCUGUGAGCAGGCUCAGGCCAGGCUUGGCCCAGCUGACAGACAGGUUCUCCUUGCCAGUCACAGGCACUGAAGACAGAUGACAGGUAGACGGUGCAUACCAACUACAGCCUUGCUUUACUCCAAAUGUAAGCUAACUAACAAACAAACCAGGGGAUGGGGGGCAAAGGAAGUCACAGAAGAUAGCCAUACACAGGCAAGAAUGGGGCCUAGUCUGGGCAAGACAGUGCCCAUGUUCAGAGGCAAGGCAAUGGGCUCCAGAGCCACUGUGCUUCCAGGAACCUCAGAAUGUAAGUGACUGUCCCACUCUGGUCUAUGUCUGAGGGCCUCUACCUUUACACCCCACCCCAUGCCCACCCAGUACAAAA